AUGGCUUUUAAAAUGGUGUCGUGUUUAAAAAUGGGACGUCGUUCCUCGGACACGGAAGAGGAGAACAGAAGCAGAAGGAAGAAGAAACACCGCAGGCGUUCGUCUUCAAGUAGCUCCUCAGACAGCAGAACCUACAGCCGUAAAAAAUCUGGAAGGAAAUCGAGGUCAAGGUCGCGGUCUCGAGAUCUCCAGUCUCGUUCACAUUCUUAUGAGAAAAGACGCAGACACAGAUCGAGCAGCAGUUCGUCCUAUGGUUCUAGAAGAAAACGCAGUCGUAGCCGAUCAAGGGGCAGAGGCAAAUCCUACAGGUCUCAAAGAUCGAGAUCAAAAAGUAGAACCAGAAGAUCACGCUCAAGACCUCGACAACGUUCUUGUAGUCGAAGUAGUGAAAGAUCCAGUCAUAGGAGAACUCAUAGCGGGUCUCGUGAAAGAGAGCGGCGUAAAGGCAGAGAGAAAGAAAAAAUAAAAGAGAAGGGCAAAGGAAAAGAAAAGGAGAUAUGUGGCACGAAGCAUGGGGACUCUGGAAACAUCAAAGCUGGAUUAGAACAUCUG